GCUGGGCGGCUGCACUGGGUGUCCACUGUCCCUGCGGGCAGGCCGGAGGCGAGCGUGCUAAGAAGCGGUGGGAGGACUGGACCAUGAGGCGGACAUGGCUGGUGGUACUGGGGCUGGUGCUGGCGACCUGCAGCCACGAGCUCGUGGUGGCCCUGCAAUGCUACACCUGUCACGAGCCUACUGCUGUGUCCAGCUGUGUUACCAUCGCCACCUGCAAUGCCAAUGAGACCAUGUGCAACACCAUCCUCUACUCCCUGGAGACAGUGUAUCCCUUCCUGGGGGACUCCACGGUGACCAAGGCCUGCGCGGUCCAUUGUGUGCCCUCGGACAUGGACGGCAUCGGCCAGACCCGGCCUGUGUCCUGCUGCAACACGGACCUCUGCAACAUAGACGGGGCCCCCGGCCUGGACGGCAGCCGCAGCCUGGCCUUGGUGCCGGCGCUCCUCCUGCUCUGGAGCCUCAGCCUCUAG